AUGAAUCAAGCAGUGUGCACCAUGGCUGAAAAACUGAAUAUAAUUAUCGUAGGCGCGUCCUAUCUUGGUAGUAAAGUUGCUCGAGCUCUCGCAAAGUCAAUGCCUCAAGAUUUAGCUGUAAAUCAUCGUAUUUUAUUAAUCGAGCGAAACUCCCACUUUUCACAUUUAUUCACUUUCCCAAGGUUUGUCGUCGUACCGAACCACGAACACAAAGCAUUUAUUCCAAUGAGUAAACUAUUCAAUGAAGCACAAUGCAACGCUCAAAUCAUCACUGCCUCGGUAGAAACUGUCAAUGAGAGCGAAAUAGUUCUCGACAGAGAUACGCCAUUUGGUCGUCGACUACCUUGGCAUAUCUUAGUCAUGGCAACUGGUUCGCGAUUAUCACCACCUGCAAAUAUGCCAACAAGCACAAAAGUUGACUCAGUGCAAUAUUUAAAAAAUCUACAAGAACGAAUACGAACUGCGAAAAGUAUCGCUUUAGUCGGUGGAGGUGCUGUUGGUGUACAGAUCUCAACGGAUAUCAAAAGUUAUUAUUCUGAUAAAGAAGUCCAUUUGAUUCACUCGAGAGAUCGAUUGAUGUCGAGAUUUGAUGCAAGUCUUGGCGAUAUUGUUCUUCAAACGUGCAAAGAACUCGGGAUUCAUGUUCAUUUAGGAACGAGAGCAAAACUGCCCGAUACCGACGGACCAUGUACAAUAGAACUUCAAUCUGGCGAAAUAAUAUCGGUUGAUCUUUAUUUGAAAUGCACAGGACAAGUUAUUAAUUCUGAACCGAUUCGUGAAUUAGCGAAGGAAAGUAUUAAUUCUGAUGGAACUAUUCAUGUAUUACGAACUUUACAAGUUGAAAAGCAUCCUCGCAUCUUCGCGGUUGGUGAUGUGAAUGAUUUAUUACAUAUCAAAUCAGUUAGACCUGCAAUUGGUCAAGUGGAGGUUGCUCAGAAAAAUAUAAUUUCUCUUCUGCGAGGUCAAACUCCAGAAGCAACAUUUGAAAACAAUGCAGCAGGAAUUCAUCUUACUCUUGGACUUAAACGUGACGUUUAUUGCAAACAGACUCAAGACGGUUCAUCUCCAGCGGAUAUCGAAGUCGAGGAUGAUGAAGGACUCGAAGAUAUGGGUGUUGAAUUUAUGUGGAACGAUCUGGGCGCGGAUAAAAACGAUUUCUGGGCUUAA